AUGUGCCAUACACAGGUGUUCGACACCUCGUACGAGGACCACAUCGUCCAGAAGGCCCUCGGCGGCUUCAACCUCUGCGCCCUCAUAUCGGCCCACUACGGCCUCUCCGACGUGUUCGACAAUCUCGUGAUCUCCCUGUGCAAGUUCUCGACGCUGCUGUCGCCUCCCGGGGAGAAGCCCGUGGUCGCAUUCGGCCGGAACAAGAAGGCGCAGCUCGCCACUAAGACCGUCUUUGCCAUCGCCCAGCAGCACGCCAACCACUUCCGCGAGGCCUGGAAAUACGUGUUCAUCUCCCUUGACAACCUCAACUCUGGGAAUUGA